AGAACCCCGACAAGUCGCUAUUCACCUACUGGAAUUACCACCAGAAAUUCGGCGACUAUUUUUCCAGGGCAGUAAGCCUCUACCUUGCGAAACAUAAGAAACAUCCAGCGAGAAUCGAGGUGACGGCACCAGCUCCAAGCCACACCCAGAACAAGCGUCACCCAAGUCCUCGAACGCCCUCUGUUGGCCCCAACUCGAAAGUUGACGAGGACCACCCCACCAAUCGAAUGCUUCCUUCCGGGGGCCCUGUGGCCCGUAGCAUGCGCAACAUAGAUAAAAUACCUUUCGCACUCCAUGAACGACGGCAAAUGCAAGCAUUCUAUGCAAAGAUGCGAACGAAGUGUCGGUCUGAGUUCCAGGUGUGGAAUCUGUUCUCGCAACUGCAUCCCUCUAGGAGCCCAGUAUCUUAUGCCUCACAUGCCCGUAGACAUCCUGAAAUUAAGACUCUCGGUCCCACGAAUCAUGAAGGAAGUGUAGGUGACAAUGAAGAAGACCGAGAAACUCCAGAAAGGACCCAAUGCGGAAGGAAAUCCCCAUCCCACGAGGGUGACAUGCCAGAUGAUUGUGUACAAAAGAACCAACUUUCGACAAGCAAUAAUAGGUCAGACACGGAGGGUCGCUCCCAGUCACAACUGACUUUCUCGCAAGAUGAAUGGACUGCGGCGAUACAAUGGGUCAUGACCAGGGGGGGUCCGUUAAGCGUGCAUGCGAAUGUUGAGAGUUGGCAAGCGUUCAGUGUGAAGAAUCCGUCACAUAAUGAGCUCGAGUGGAUCGGGCUCUACUAUGCGUACUACGACUUCUUCCAGGGUAUCGAACACCAAUUCACUCAGCACGACAUGAAGUACUUGUGUUGAUGAGCGCAGAUCACACCCAGUCCCAUCUAGAUCUCCCCCCUCACACUCAACCAAUGAUCUGAUCUUGUACGCUAAAUGAUACAUGUAAGAACAUCUCAAGAUCGAGAUUCCUGACUGAUGCUACUAAUGCUGGAACGCAAUUGGACAUUGACUCCACAGACCCUUCUGAUUUAUCUUGACCGCUGUUUAGAUAAUGCCCAUUAGGCACACCUAGUGCUGUAAGGUGUAUGCCGGAGCAGGUCUCGAG